AUGGAUAAAAAUAACAAGCAGGAUUCCCCACUGCAAGCAUCACCGCUUCCAACCCCCGAUCUGCUGAAACAAUCUACCCCAACCACUUCUACACCACCACUACCCCAAGAUCAUUCCCGCUCAAGAAAGAAUUCCUUAUUGGACUUUCUUGUCCCCAUUACAUUGUUACUACUUGAGUUGAAUUUACUGAAUGAACCAAAAGAUGAAGACGACAAGGAACAAUUGCAAUUGGCAACCAAUUCAUUUGAUGAAGUGCUCAACAUGUGUAAGAUCCCCUUUUAUUUGGAACGAUACAUGUUGUUUGGAUUGUUAGUCUGCCUAAACACGUUCUUGACGUUAUUCACAUUAGCACCUUUGAAAAUUGUCAUUGUUACAAUCCAAGCAUUAUUUGGAUUUGUCUUUAAAAGGAAAUCCUCAUCCUGGAGCUCAUUUCAAUUGGUCAAACGGGAUUUAAUUACAUUCAGUCUAAUUCCAAUUUCAAUAUACAUCUUAACUACAUUGAAUCUAGAUAUUUCGAGAAUGUAUCAUGACAUUAGAGGUCAAACUGAUAUUAAAUUAUAUGUUAUGUUUGGAGUAUUGGAAGUGGCUGAAAAGUUGUGUUCUUCAUUAGGCCAAGAUAUCCUUAAUAUAUUGUACCAACUGAAUCAAUCUAUACCCAGGUUUAUCAUUUUCUACAUAAUAGGAAUGUUUUACUUAUCAUUCCAUGCAUACAUACUCAUAUAUCAAACAGUUUCACUUAACGUGGCUGUCAAUUCAUAUUCAAAUGCAUUAAUGACACUUUUACUUUCAAACCAGUUUUCAGAAUUGAAAGGUUCUGUAUUCAAAAAGUUCGAACGAGAAGGUUUAUUCCAAAUCACCAUGGCUGAUUUGUCCGAACGGUUCCAACUUUCUCUCAUGUUGAGCAUCAUUGGUUUACGUAACUUGCUGCAGUUGAGCAUAAAUGGAACCCUCAUUCCCAAUAGUUUUUCCAAGAAUUGGAACAUUUGGUUUGGAGCGUUAUUCGGACCGGGAUUUAUUGUCAUUGGUAGUGAAGUAUUUGUGGACUGGUUAAAACAUUGUUAUAUUUCCAAGUUUAAUCGGUUUAGACCAAGAAUAUACCGAAACUUCUUGUAUGUUUCCUGUUUGGACUUCUUGGAAAUGUUUCACCAUUCAAACCAUUCCCGUGAGUUUUCUGAUUAUCUUGCCUUGACGAGACGAAUUGGGCUACCCUUGUUGGCUACUGUGGUAUGUUUUUUGAAGAUGACAUUGGUUGAUUUUAAAACAAUCUUUAUUGGCCCAAGUAUAUUAUCAAGCGCGGGACUUAUCCUUGCUACAUAUUUGACAUUGUUGUUGGUCAGAGUCAUUCUUGGACUUGUAAUUUUCAAAACUGCCAGUAUUUUAGUGAUCAAACAUAAACAUCAUCAAGCAGAACUUAAACUGAAGACAGUCCCCGAUAUUGUUGUUCCCACCCCCAUCAAACAGACAACAAUUUUAGAACGCACCCCAUCGCCAUCCGACGACUCAUAUUCUCAUUUAUCCAUCAGUGCAACAUUCUUGCGGGGAUCUCCCAACACCGAACCAUCCACGAUAAACUCAAAGACUCGUGCUCAUUUGUACGAUGCCGACGAGAAGAUCCCACCCACGCUUGAGGAAACUCGGAAUAAGAAACUUCUCAAGGGUCCGCUUCAUGAAUCCAAGUUGGAGAAGGACGCUGGUGAUGAAGGGUUAUCACAGGUGAUGCGGUACAAAAUGUCAAGCAAGAGGAUCUGGUAA